UCGCGCUCAGACGACGCGCUCUGCCUGGGACAACCGCCUGGGACAACCGCCUGGAAAACCUCGACUGCUGUUUGUUUCUUUUUUUUGUUGUUGGCUCCCUAGCCUCUGGGUUCCCUGGCCUGGCAGCCCAGCCAGUUCAGUUGGUCAGUGAGUCAGUGUUCCGCCAGUUGGGUGCUCGCUUCCUCCGAUGGGCGAGCGGGUGGAGAAAGCCCUUGCCCCAGCCCCCCCUGCGGCGGCCGCAGCCAAAUUAUUUAGAAAGAACAGCAACAGCAACUAGUUGGAAAAGAAAAAGCAUACGAGCGGGAGAGGCGCGGAGGAAACGCACGCUGCCACAGGCGACACUUUGCUCUCCGCUGGCGUCGUCGGCGUAAGCAAAACAAAUACAAAUUUUCGAAAUACAUUUUACGCGCGCGUGGAGAGGAGCGGAGUUACGGCGAAAAGCUUUGGGCAAUCUCCGCAAGCCCCAAACACACGCCCACGCGCAGCCAGAAAACGCCACGAAAUGGUGCAAACCAGUGCAGAUGGCUCCGACUUUAAGGAGCGGCUGAUAGCCAGCGUGAAGAAGGAGGUGAAGCAGCUGAUGGAGGAGGCGGUGACCAAGAAGUACGUGCACGAGGAGAGCAGCUCGGUGACCGCGCUGUGCGGGGCUGUGGAGGCCUGCCUGAGCCAGGGCCUGCGCCGGCGGGCCCUGGGCCUGUUCAAGACCUCCUCCACGACGGCGCUGCUGCACAAGAUCGCCAAGAGCUGCCCGGAGGCGGAGCACAUCAGCAAGCUGGUGCAGGAGAUCGAGGCCAGCGACCCCAGCAAGCGCUCCUCCAGCAGCAGCGACAGCUUCCAGCGCCCGCCGAUGCUGAAGAAGAGCAGCAGCAACUCGAUGUCCACCGGCGGCAGCGGUGCGGUGGCCACCUCGUCCUCCGCCUCCGCGUCCAUCAGCGUCAGUGCCAGCAACUCCAGCAUGUCCCUGGCCAGCAUGAAGUACUUGUGGAUUCGCCUGGCUCUCUACGAGAAGCGCCUCACCAAGAUCAUCGAGUACCUGGUGUGCAACGCCAGCAGCUUCUACGACCGCGACUCCCUGGUGGCCGACCCGGACUACGGGUCCAUUCUGAGCUCCCUGCUGGUGGGUCCUUGUGCCCUGGAGUUCACGCGGGCCAAGACAGCCGAUCACUACUGGACCGACCCGCAUGCCGAUGAACUGGUGCAACGCCACCGCAUCAGCUCAGUGCGCCGCUCCUCGUCGACCUGCUCCCGCCCGGCGAUCAUCAACUUCAAGCGCAGCCUCAACACCAGCUCCGACGAGGCGAGCAGCGGCUCCUUCAAGUCGAUCGCCUCGGCCAGCGUGGCCAAGGACUACGUGGAGUCGCUGCACCAGAACGCCAAGGCCACCCUGCUCUACGGGAAGAACAACGUGCAGGUGCUGCCCAAGGACGUGGCCGACCCGAUGCCCGGCUACCUGAGCCUGCACCAGCACAUCCAGACGCUGACCAUCAAGUGGACCCCGAACCAGCUGAUGAACGGCUACACCGAGGCGGAGGAGGCGGAGGACAUCGACAAGGACGCCUUCUGGGCCUACGCCCUCAACAUCAACGUGGACGAGAUCGUCUACGUCCACUGUCACCAGAGCCGCGGCGAGGACAGCGGCGGCACAGUCAUCCUGGUGGGCCAGGACGGCGUCCAGCGGCCGCCCAUCCACUUCCCCGAGGGCGGGCACAUGCAGCAGUUCCUCAGCUGCUUGGAGACGGGUCUCCUGCCCCACGGCCAGCUGGAUCCCCCGCUGUGGUCGCAGCGCGGCAUCGGCAAGAUGUUCCUCUGGCCCAGGAGCAUGCGGAGGCGCAUCCUGCCCUCCGUCAUGGAGUCCGUGGACGAGACGCCCAUCGACUACGUCUUCCGCAUCGUCAGCAAGAGCCGCCACGAGGAGUUCGCUGCCACCCACUCGAUCCUGGACUUCGUGCGGAGCACUCCGCGCCGGGCGCAGCUGAGCAGCUGCUCCACCACCGGCAGCAGCGACUGCUCCAACAAGAGCCUCUCCAUCGACCAGUUCCCGCUGGAGUCGCCGCUGCUUCUCCAGCAGCAGCAGCAGCAGCUGCUCCAGGCGCAGAGCACCAGCAUCGAGAUGGUUUGCUCCACCAUGCGCAGGCAGAUCAUCUCCAGGGCCUUCUACGGCUGGCUGGCCUACUGCCGCCACCUCUCCACGGUGCGCACCCACCUGUCCGGCCUGGUGCACGGCAGGAUUACGCCGGAAAUGAAAGCCGAUGAGGAGGGCCUGACCAAGGAGCGCUGGCAGCUCCUGAACGUAGACGGUGUCCUGGAGAACGCCACGGAAUUCUACCGCCUGGUCUAUUUCGGAGGCGUGCAGCCGGAGCUGCGCCAGGAGGUGUGGCCCUAUCUGCUGGGACACUACGCCUUCGGCUCCACCACGGAGGAGCGCCGCAAGCAGGACGAGACCUGCAAGCACUACUACGAGACGACAAUGAGCGAGUGGCUGGCGGUGGACGCCAUUGUGCAGCAGCGGGAGAAGGAGAAGACGGCGCGGGCGGUGGCCAAGUUGAGUUCCGGCAGCAACUCCGGCAACGAGAGGACCGUCCGGGCGGCAGACCUCGAGGCGGGCGGUGAGCUGGAAAACGAGGUGUUCGAGGACAUCUCCGACAUCUCCGAUCCCGGUGACCUGGAGUUCGAUGAGCAGCAGCAGCAGCAGCCAGUGGAGUGUCCCGUGAGUGGCAACCACCUGAGUGUGAAGCCCGUUCCCAGGGCCAUGAAGACGAGCACGGAUUCGGGGCAUGUGGACGAGGGUGAAAACUUCAACGAGCUGGACGAGGAGCAGGAGGAGGUGGAGGGCAGCGGGCCCAAGCCGCAGCUGGAUCAGCAGAAGGAGCCGUCUCCGUCAGCCGGUUCGGCCGACGACCAGGAGGAUCAGCUCAACCCGGCGCCCAGCUGCUCCACUUCCACAGCCUCCUCGUACGAGACAGUGGGUCCCGGCGGUGGCCACCAGCAGCCGACCAGCGACACGCGCAGCGUCCUCAGCCCGGAGUACCUGAGUGCCGACGACCUCCAGCUGCCGGAGGACGAGGAUGCAGUGAAGCCGCCGCCUCCACCGCCAUCACAGGCAACGGCGGCCGUCAUCAUCACCAAGGCGUCCGUGGACAUCACCCACUGGGAGCGCAGCUGCAAGCUGGGCGAGGGCGAGCAAAUGUCGCCCGUGGAGGAGCAGGGCGGCGAGUCCGGAGGAGGAGCAGGAGGCGUCAACCUGGAUGCCCUGCAGCAGCCCAAGUCCGCCUGCGCCUCGCCAGCCAGCUCCAAUGGAGGGGUCUACAGUAGCGAACUCCUGGAGCAGUUCGGGCUGAAUCUGCACCGGAUCGAGAAGGACGUGCAGCGGUGCGACAGGAACUACUGGUACUUCGCCAGCGAGAACCUGGACAAGCUGCGCAACGUGAUCUCCACGUACGUGUGGGAGCACCUGGACGUGGGCUACAUGCAGGGCAUGUGCGACCUGGUGGCGCCCCUGCUGGUCAUCUUCGACGACGAGUCGCUCAGCUACAGCUGCUUCUGCAAGCUCAUGGAGCGCAUGAUCGAGAACUUCCCGAGUGGCGGGGCCAUGGACAUGCACUUCGCCAACAUGAGAUCCCUCAUCCAGAUCCUCGACUCCGAGAUGUACGACCUGAUGGACUCGAACGGGGACUACACGCACUUCUACUUCUGCUACCGCUGGUUCCUGCUGGACUUCAAGAGGGAGCUCGUCUACGACGACGUCUUCGCCACCUGGGAGGUGAUCUGGGCGGCCAAGCACAUCGCCUCCGGCCACUUCGUCCUCUUCCUGGCCCUGGCCCUGCUGGAGACCUACCGCGACAUCAUCCUCUCGAACAGCAUGGACUUCACCGACGUCAUCAAGUUUUUCAAUGAAAUGGCCGAGCGCCACAACGCCCGGUCCGUGCUGCAGUUGGCCCGGAGUCUGGUCCUCCAGCUGCAGAUGAUCAUCGAGAACAAGUAGGGUGUGGAGAACCCACCUACAUAGCGCGUUAUUCUAGAGCCUAGAUCGUAGUUCAAUCAAUUUCGUUUGCCAAAGAUAACCAGUAAAGAAAGCCCACUUAGGUAACAGGGCGAAGGAGUGGAUUGCCAAACAAUAAGUAUGUGUCGAUCGAAGUCUUCGCUACAGAGUAUACAGCAACCCAAAAACCCUAACUGAAGCGGCAACUGCAAUCCUAAUUGUUAACUUUAUUCUUAUGCCUACGUAAGUCCUUCCCAACUCUUCACGCAUAUCCCCAGGAAUCAAGGAGACCAGAAAACAGGGGCGCAAAUGCAAAAGACUCUGAGCAAAAGAAUGAAAUCUUAUACACGAAAUCCUUAUACGACCGUAGAGACUUCUGAUACUCCCACUGGGCACUCGAACAAUUUGUUCUUCGUGUGUUUUUUAUACAGAAAACAAACGUCUUAUAGAAGGAAUGGGGGAGUGCAAUGUACUUAUCACGUUAUAUCAAAGAGCAAGUUAAAUUAUCAAUAUACACGAAAAGUGCGUUUUACCAGUUAAAUCAGAUCGACUGCUGUUUAUAGUCUGAAUGAUUUAGCUGAAUAUCGAUGUUACUUGAUGGUUUUCCCCUAAUUCCCUCUUCGGUUCCUUCGGAUCCUUAUGCCUAUCCCCGAUUACUUAAGUUACCGAAAAUACCAUUACAAUGUUUGCCAUCGGCUUUUCUACUAAAUUCUUUCACGACUUCGAUCUGAAGCGACUGUAUUAGCAAAUCGCACACUAAAUAAAUAAAAAUCCAGAGAAGUAGACACCAAGUAGAAACCUAUUAGAGAGUAAGUUCCGUUCCCAAGUAAACCGACUCUCUACUAAUCGAACCGAAGGCAACUAAACACGUACCAGCGAGAAAUCCCAAUUGUGUGUAACAAUCAAGGCAACAAUAAGUCAAGUACCCUAAUAUCCAUAUACACGGCGUGUAGUCGGAUCUUUUGUGUCUAUUAUCUAUACAAGCUGCCAAGCCAAGCCAAGUUCCAUUUUCAUUUGAUUGUGUUUCAUUUUUAUAUAAAUAUAUUCAUAUAUAUUUACAAGGCAAGUCAGUGCUUAUAUCUAUUCCCCACUGUGUGAUCUCUCUACACCGAGUAUAAAUGUUGUGGAUUACCUUAUACCUUAAUUAUACUCUUUGUAAAUGUACCUUUCCCCGGACAAACAGGAGGUAGACGACACCUCGGCUCCACUUUAUCUCAAUUACAAAUACAAUAUAUAUAUACACCCACGAUAUGAAUAUGAAUCUAUAUAUAGUAUAAAUGUAUACAAGUACAAAGCAAAUGACGUUGGUAUGUUUGAAAUGGAAAUAAUAAAUAACACAUAUACGAU